AUGGGCGACAGCGCCAAGGAAAUCCAGCCCGAUUUCUUGCGAGAAAUAGUCGCGAACUACUCCGUACGAGUACGGAGUACGAAGACACGAGGCGCGUCCCACUCCUGGAGCUUGAAGCCAAGCCGACCGCCAACCGCCAAAGCGGCUCCCACGAAGACUUACUCGCUGCGACCUUGCCAUUCCUGUACAAGAGGCGGCCGCCCCGUAGCGUGGUAUUCUCGACUGGAGACCACACUACCGUGA